UUAAAUACUCGCAGUUUUCAGCAGUCAUAAAUUGUAGUUCACAAAAUGAAUACUUCAUUAAUACUGCUAUCGAUAGUAAUUGUUUUAAGCUGCUCCACAGCGAAAGCAGGAAAUUUUUAUACUUCUGCCAGUAAUAAGGUAUAUUAUGUGGAACCAGCCUAUAAUUACAAAUGGUUUGAGGCCCAUAUCGAGUGUUAUAAUCGUAAUAUGACCCUAUUUACCAUAGAAAAUGAAGAUUCAUUUUAUGAUCUCUAUAAUGUUUUAAUAAGUGGAAAAUUCAAUCGCAAACCACCACAUCUUUGGAUAGGUGCUAUUGGGGCUCAACGUAAAUUUACUUGGAUUUUAAAUGGCAAACCUGUCAUCUGGAAAUAUAGCAGUUUUGAUAAUGCUAGAAAUUCAGAAAAUUGUUUGCAGAUGUAUGAAAACACUAAAGAUCUUAAUGAUCGAAAUUGUGUGGAUCAAUUGGGUUUUGUGUGUGAAGAGAAUCGUUAUCAAAAUAACAAGUGUGAUCAAAUGAAAAUGCCGGAAAAACAUAUAGUCUUAAAUAUACAUCAGCAUAAGAACUAGUGUUAAUUAGUGGACUUUGUAUAUUCAAAAUUUGUAUAAAAUAGUUAUGGUCUAAGAUUUUCUUAGUAUAUUUAAGAAAUAAAAACUCAUGUGCUAGAUCAUGUGGGUUCCAUGUCCACUUGAUCUAGCUCUGAUCUGUUUUAAUACUAA